GGGGUGAGGACAGCGGUGGGGGACGGUGGUGGGGUCUGCCUUCGCAGUAACGGCUGUGCCCCAGCUCGCUGCCCAGCCCUGUGCUUCUGGUGCCCACCUGUCCAAGCACCAACUGAGAGUCUUGUUGUUUUCCUUUGUGUUUUGGUGGAAAGUUUUGAAAAAUCAUUUUAAAUUGUGGUGAAGUAGACAUAAUGCAAAAAUGGCCACUGUCACCCCGUGCUUGGCGUGCACCAGGCGGGGCCAAGCAUGUCCCCAGGAUUGCACUCCCUUCAGGUGGCGUCUGGCAGAGCUGGAGCCCUGUGCCAGAACCAGCCUGCUCCCCGCCAAGCCCUGCUGCCUGGCUGCCUGCUAGAGCCCACAGGCCUGAGGAGUGGAGGAAUCACGCUACUAUCCCUGGUCCCUGCUUGGUCAGGCCAUGUGGCCGGAGCACCAGCGAGCUUGCCGCCCUCCACUUGGCUGGGGAAUGCCUGCCCCGCGUGUGUCCUUCCAAGUUGUGUUUAUUGUCUCUGAAAAGGACAAGAGCUGCUUCUGUCCUUUGGCAAUGGCAAGUGUCGGCCCUGUGACCCUGGGGGACCAGAAUCUCUUCAAGUCCCUGCCUUUGAUUCUAUGGGGAAAGGGUCGACACCCAGAGUGGACCUGCCUUGUUCUGUUUUGGUGGUUCAGUGGCCGCCUUGCUCUACCAGGUGGCUGUUCAUACCCCCACCAGCUGUGCGCAGGGUCCCCAUGUCCCCAGGUCCUCACCAACACUGGGUAUUUCUGUUUAGGGUUUGCUCCGUCCUCUCGAUGGCGGGCAUCUGUUCCCUUCCUGUCACCUGUAGGUACACAACCGCUGCCAGCUCUCGGUCAUCACACACCACACCACACAAGUGCUGGGCGGGAGCAUCAUAAAGACAGGGAACACUGGCUUAGUCAGCUUUCAUGCUACUGUGACCAAAGAUGCCACAAGAAUCGUAGGAGAGGGAAAGUCCACCUGGGGCUCUCGGGCCAUAGACGGCUGACUCCAUCACUCUGGGCCCAGAUGGGGCGGAGCAUCAUGGUGGGAGGACCCAGGGGAAGAGAGCAGCUCUGGACAUGGCUGCCAGGAAGCAGAGAGAGCUCCACCCACCAGGUACAAAAUGAGUCUCAAAGGCACGUCCCCAGUGAGCCACCUCCUCCAGCCAUUCCCCAGCUGCCCACAGUCACCACCCAGCGGAUCAGGUCACAACUCUCCCAUCCCCUCCCUCCACCUCUGAUCCCUCUAGUGCUGUGUCACUGUGAACUCCUGGGGGACACCUUGGGUCUAGCCCACAGCCAGCACUGGUCAGCAGACUGUGAGUGCUGGUGCAUGGGCAUCCUGAGGAUGGAGGAGGACUAUCGUAUGGGGCCCUGGGUUCAGUCCCCAGCACCACACAAAAAGGAAAAAAGAAACAUGCUGUCCAGCCUUGACUGGAUUACUGGAGUCAUGGCCUGAGGUGAGGCCACCCGUCAAUGUCACACCAGUGGCAUCCCUGGUGCUACAGCCAGCGUCUGGGCAGCCUUUGGUGAUUAUCUGACCAUUAUGAAAACUGCCCAUUUUUCCCUUUGCUGAGGUGAACAAGGCCUCAGUGUGCUGUUCUGGUGGCCAGGGCCUUGCUCACCCGGCAUACCCCACUCCUGAGCCCGGGCCCGGGCAGUGGCCAUGUAUAUUCUCAGCCAUGGUCCACGAAACCUCACGGACUACGAAGAUGGCAGUCCAGGCCUGGGUGUGGCUCGGUGGCCGAGGUGGCCUGGCGUGUUUGAACCCUGGUUCCAUUCCAGCACCACAGUCCAGGCUGGCCCAACCCCUCCUGCACUGGGAGCAGGCCCUGCGAGGCGAGCAGCACUGGCGUCCUUCCGCGUGGUGUCCUUGGCUGCCCCGGCCUCCUUCAGCACAGUUGGGAAUAAGCGACGGAGCAGUUCCUGGCAUGACGAGUAGCCAGCUGCUGCGCCAGGGCACAGGAGGAGUGAGCACUGAGACCCAAAGGGACCCUCGGCUGUGAAGGGCCCGGGGUCCCUGUGGUGGUUCAGGAUAAAAUGAGUUUUAUUCUGUCCAAAAGUCAGGACAUGGUGGCUUUGGUCCUUGGAAGUCCUGCAGGGGAGAAGAGAAGGCCUGAAAUAUCAGUCCUCCUGAAUCGUGAGAAUUAACACAAAAAGAAAUUAAAAAACUAAAAUUGAGUCCUAUAGUCCCUGGUGGUUGAGAAGGUUUCAGAGUCCCUGUGAAGGGGACUGAAUUUGCCUCAAAAGGUGACUUACAAUUCUGGUUUAUU